AUGACAGGCCAGGCCAGCAAUGGUGAUACAGAGGACGCUGCUCUCGAGAUUCUCGCCGUGGCCUUCAACUGCGACUUGUGCGCUUUCGCGAGCCACAGCGACGCCGAGCUCGCGGAGCACAAGCGAGUCGUCCACGACAUCCCGGUCCAACCGAGCACCUUCCGCUGCAGCUACUGUCGAGUCGUGUUUCGGCAUCACUAUCGGCUGAUGCUGCACCUGCAGAAGCACACCGGCUCCGGCUCCUUUCGCUGUUCCGUCUGCGCCAAGAAGUUUGCGAGCGAGCAGAACCUCUUGCGCCAUGUCAAGACCGUGCAUGGUACCAUGGAGAACUACUUCUGCCCCCUCUGCCCGAGGAAGUUCACACGCAAGGACAACUUGCUGGCGCACAUUCGAAAGCAUGGCACCCACACUGCUCAGCACUGA